AUGUCACGCAUUAUAGACACUGUUCAAGAGCCGCUUGAAUUUAUGGCACCCAUUGGUGGCUAUGAAGAAAUGCCACUUGUAUCACUUGAAGAAGCUGUCGAACCACUUGUUUCUAUUCUACCAGCUGUGCAAAGUCACGCAUAUGUGGCCAAACAAAGAUGUAAGAAUCCUGUCGAUGAAUUGACGCAAGAUGAAUCUGCCUCAAUUAUGCUAUAUACAAUGAGUUGGAAACCACUGGAUAAAUGCUUAUAUUUCGCUUUGAAUGAUACAUUACGAUCACCAGAUCGACAACAAAAGCUCGAGCCAUGGUUUUUAUUUUUGAGGCUCUUUCUUAGUGCACUCUAUCGUCUUCCACCGCUUUCUAAAACUGUAUACAGAGGUGUUAAAUUAGAUCUGAGCAAGUGCUACAUCAAAGGAGAAACAAUCGUCUGGUGGGGUUUCUCAUCGUGCACAACAGCUAUUGGUGUUCUACAGUCGGAGCUAUUUUUGGGAAUGACGAAUACCAGAACAAUGUUUGCCUUACAAUGUCAAUCAGCUAGAGACAUUCGCAAACAUUCGUAUUAUCCAGCUGAAGACGAAGUACUUCUGAUGGCUGCAACUCAGUUCAAAGUAGUCAGUUGUCUUAAGCGAGGUAGUCUUGAAAUUAUUCAACUGGAAGAAAUUCGUCCACCGUUUCCACUUCUGCAACCAGUACCAGUUAUUGUCUCCCCACUGACCAAUCCAACUUCCUUAGGUAAUUGA